AUGAAAUCCUUGUUCAGAUAUCAUUUCAUUAAUAAAGUCAGCAUUUCCUCUAUUAAUCAAAAUACAUUGAUUCCUUUAUAUAAGUCAUCAAUUUCAGAUUAAAAAUUAAAUAAUUUUUCAUAAUCUUAUGUACCUUUCAAAGAAUACUUUUAAUUAGUUCCCAUCUUUCUUGAGAGGUAUUUAUUUGAUCAUGGCAAACAUUUUGUUGUUGGAAUGUAAUAUACUAAAGAAUCUAAUCUAUUGUAAUUGAAAUGCUUGGCUCAUUCAGGAAUUUAUACUAAAUAUGUUGUUCCUUAAAACAUUAUCCCUGCUACUUUUGGUGAUUAUAAUCAAAGUGCUAGAUUUAAUUUAUUUGAGCACACUAUUCGAGUUGACUACGAUAUGAUUUAUUACAACAAUUAACAAAAUGAAUUUUACCUUUUUGAUAGAGAAGGUAAAUGGGAAGAAGUGGAGAUUCCAGAAUUAUCUAUUGAAAAAUUGUUUGAUGAGAAGAAAUACUUAAACGAAGUCUUCAGAUGAACAAGAAUAAAUAAAUAUAUAAGCAUAUUAAAUAUUUAUCAACCAUGAAAUCUCGAAUA